AUUUGUAUGUUAAACAAGAACCCAUUGCCUUCACAGAGGCAUACCAAACACCAUCCCAAAUGACUAAAAAGCUGGAAGAUUUUUGACAAAAAGCAAUCUUACCUGAAGCUAGUCAAAUAUUUCCUCAAGCUUUUGGCCGAUCAAUCUUGUUAGAUUCAGAGAUGGUUUGCAAAAGUUUCAUUAAUUAAAAUAAAGGAUUAAUCUUCCACGUGAACACACACACACAAAAAGGUUGAAAAUAAGAAUCAGCUCAGGACUUGACCUAGUCGCAAGAUAAUUCGACUCAUGGUCAGUCAACUUGACCGAUUUUCUUUGUUUAACAAUAUAUAAUGGAAGAUUCAAUUGAGUCUCAUGAUAAAGCACGAGACUUGUUGAGUUGCGGAUUCGAGUUGACUUGGCAAAACCGACUCAACAAGUUUUAAGGACUACACAUACACAGAGAACUGACAGGGGUACACAAACUACAUAAUUACCUUUGAAUAAAUAGCAUAAAAAUAAAUACACCUGAAUAAUAAUGUUCAUGACUAUUUCUUCUGUUUUGAUGACUUACAGCAGUAGGACAAGUAUUUGUACCCUUACUAACACCGAUUCUUCUGGAUUCUUCUACUUCUUUGCAAACCAUUAACUACAUCAACUUAGACUCGAUCUCCUUAAUAAUGGAAUUGCUACUUUAUCAUGAGAUUUAAUAGAUUUUCUGAACUUUCUAGAGAUGGUGGGACGUGCCUACCUUAGAAAGAACAGCACCUUGUUGUAUGACCAUUUUGGCUCGAGUGACAAGGGUUGAAAUUAAUCUAAAAGCCUGGUCUACUACAUGUUAAGGGAACAGGAUAUGUUUCUAGAAUGGAAGCACCAACAUUUGUGUUGUAUUUCCUCAUAAUGCAUUGUAGCCUAAUGUGAGGUACAUAAAUAAAACAACAUCCGGUUUUCAACUUUACAUGGAAAGAAUUGACCUUAAAAUUGAGGAAAGGAAAAGAUGACUUGCAUGGUGCCAUGUAAAAGAGGCACAAGGAAAAUAUAUAGAGUCUAACAGGUAUAAUAAUGAAACCAUAAUCAGAUUAUAGUCGCAACCAACACUUCAAUGCUAUGGUCAGCAUCAUAAGUUUGGUACUAUGGUCCGCAUCAUGAUCCACACAGUUGCAUAUUUCGGAACCAAAAUUUGGAUGCACCAGUGACCACUUGCCAGGGUUUUAUUCAGUCCUUUUACUAAAGUGGAAUCAUUUCCCAUAUCCCCUAGUUUCCAGAGGAUUUGUACAUAAUGCAUACAGUUAAUCCAUUCAGUGCCUCUGAAAUGUGUGACGAAUCAUCUAAAAGAGCACCUCAACUUAUAGCUUUGAAAUGUACAAAAUGUCUUCAUUAUGUCAAGAAAGGCCAGUUAAAGAAAUUGACAAAUUGCAGUUGGAACCACAAUAUCAAAUGUCCAUUGGUGUCAAAUGCAUUAGCUCACAUGGUUCUAUUUUCAUCCCAAAAUUUCAGGUCGAAUAUUGCAGCCUCAAAACCAAGCUAACACUAGUUUUCCUAUGUAAUCAACUCCAUGAAAGUUCAAGCUGAUUAAUCAAAAUUACUUUUUUUCAAUCCUAGGUCGUCCACAAAAUAGGUACAUUACACCCAUCGAACUUACAACAAAGUGCAUUUGCAAUUCCUGAUUCCUUUUUUAAGUGCUUGGAAUUUUAAUUAAUAUAAAUGAAAUACUCAUUAACAGAAGGCAGAAUCGGCAUAUACAGGGUUGCCUCCUGGUUUAGUGGCUAGAGUGUGAUUUGUCAAAGGCUUCGCCAAGAAAAUAGAGCACGUCAAUACAUCAAGUAGCUAGGACCUAAUCAAUUGGAUGUUAACAAUAUUUAGCUGAUCGGCUCAAGCCAAAUUCUCUACAUUAUUAGUUCUUUUCGGGAAAUAAAUUAAUACAAUACCUAUUUGCAAAAUAACAGAGGUACCUUUACUAUAUUUUUCCUUUCUAUCUUCUUCGCUCCCCAUAUUAAAGGAAAAUAUCAAGCUUGUGGGACUCCAACUAGACAUCAAGUUCAAACUUAAAACCUAGACCCCACAUGUUAAGCAGAGGCAUUCCACCAUUAAGGAACUUGCCCUAGAAAUCCAAUGAGGCACAGUGUUCAAGUUAGGAAUAUGGGGCGCUUUUGCAUAAUAGGCGUUUGAAAAUAGUAUAAGAGACCAUUUUUUACAUAUCAAUUAGCUAUGUGGUAUCAUCAUUUGAGCCUUAUCCCAACUAUUUGGGGUCGGCUACACGAAUCUUGUUCUGUCAUUCUACUCUAUCAAGGGUCACACUCUCAAGAAUACCAUAAGUCGCAAUAUCUUUUCUCACUACUUCCAUUCAUGCCUUUUUAGGCCUUCCCAUUGCCCUUCUAGAGCCUUCUAGUUGAACCAACUUGCACCAUCUAAUAGGUUCUGUAUUAAGCUUACAUAUCACAUGCCUAACCCACCUAAACAUACUUUCCCUCAUCUUAUAGCCUAUUGAAGCCACACGUAAAUUCCCUCAAAUGUAUUCAUACCGAAUUUCUAUCCUUUCUUGCCAUGCCACUCAUCAAUCUCAACAUCUUCAUCUCAACUACACUCAUCUUGUAGGUAUGUUGUUUCUAGACUGCCCAACAUUUCGUCCCAUAGAGCAUGGCUGGUCUUACCAUUGUCCGGUAAAACCUCCACUUCAAUUUCACUGGCAUACAACGAUCAUAUAAAAACUUCGGAUGCACCUCUCCACUACACCCACCUAACUUUAAUGCUACGCGCGACAUCUUCCUCGAUUUCUCCAUUCUCCUAGAUUAUUGACCUCAGAUAUGGAAAAUCUCUUUUCGCUAUUUCUUGGCCAUUAAUCAUAACUACUUCGUCAUUUUUACUCCUAUUAUUACUCAACUUGCACUCCUUGCAUUCUUAGAUUGGCUAACUUUAAAAUCUUUAGAUUCUAGAGCUUCCCUCAGAAGUUCUAACUUUGCUUUGAUGUCGCCUCUAGUCUCAUCAAUCAAAACUAUGCCAUUCGUGAGCAGCAUACACCAUAGUACCUCAUUUUGUAUACGUCUAGUAACUUAUAUAACCAAGACAAAAGAGAUAUGAGUUCAUUGCUGAUCCCUGAUGUAGGCCUAUUAGUACUGAGAACUUACUUCUCUAUCCACUAGUCCUCACACAAGUUAGUGCCCCAUCGUACAAACCUCUCACCAUGUCAAUAUACCCUCUGGAAGCUCCUUUCUUGUCCAGCACCCACCAAAUUAAGUUUCCAGGUACCCUAUUGUAAACUUUCUCUAAAUCAAUUAGCUAUGUGGCAUUAUAAUUUUGAGAAACUAGGUUUUCAAGAGAGAGGUUUAGGCUAACUUUGCUCAACUUGCCAUAUACAAUGUAAAUAGCUCCAGCAAAUGAGCUAAUGUCGUAAUGUUUGAGUCUUUUAGAGGCUCUUACAUAUAGGUUUGGAUCCUUGACACAAGCGUACUUACCUAUCAGAAUAAGAGCAUUAAAUUAGUCUUUCUGAAUGGUUCAUUCAUGAGGAAUGAAAGGAGUGGCAUCAUGUUCUUUCUAAUAUGGAAACAUCAAAAGGGCAUACCUUAUUUCCGAAAUGACAAAUACUUUGGUCUUUUCAUAAAACAAAGCAUAUUCUUUUAGCAAAAUGAAGCUUUUGAAAAUAACUGACUGCAAAUUUGAGAAAGACUUUAGGUCAAAUGCAUAUCAUAAUCUUUUCAAAAUAUCAAAUAGAAUUUUCAGCUUGACAAGGAGUUUUAAAAUGAAGUAUCUCACGAAACUGUGAGAACUUAUCUAUAUAGCCCUGUCUCAAUAUGUAGACUGUUCUCAAAACUACAUCUUCCUUAGUACUCAUCUUAUCAGAAGCAGCAACAGUGGGCAAGGGAAAGCUACGAUCUUCAUCUACAAUGAGCGGUUCCCAAGCGUUCACAUACUCAGAGAUCGUAAGUAUAACAAAUAACUUCCAGAAUGCCAUCGGUAGAGGAGGAUAUGGGACUGUUUUUCAUGGAUGCCUCAAAGAUGGUCGUCAAGUCGCUGUAAAAAUACGGUCUGACAGUUCGCGCCAAGGACUCAAGGAGUUCAUGGCAGAGAUUGAAUUGUUGAUGAGAGUUCACCAUAAAUACCUAACCACCUUCUUAGGAUUUUGUGAGGAUGGCAACAACAUGAUUCUCAUCUAUGAAUACAUGAGCAACGGAAAUCUGCAAGAGACUCUGUCAAAUGGGAAUAGCUCAAGAAUCAUGAACUGGGAGCAACGUCUUAAAAUAGCUCUGGGUGCUGCACAAGGAUUGGAGUAUCUGCAUUGCGGAUGCAAACCGCCAAUAAUUCAUAGAGAUGUGAAGACAUCCAACAUCCUCUUAAGUGAAAGAAUGGAAGCCAAAUUGGCAGACUUUGGGCUAUCAAAGGCUUGGCCAAACGAGGUAGAUACUCACAUAUCAACUGCAGUUGUUGGAACACCAGGAUAUGUAGACCCAGAGUACUACAUUACCAACAAGCUAAAUGAGAAGAGUGAUGUUUAUAGCUUUGGGAUAGUUCUUCUAGAGAUUUUAUCAGGGCAACCAUCAAUAAUCAUAGAUGGGCAAACUCGGGAAAGAAUCCAUAUUGUACAAUGGAUAACUCCCAAUCUAGUGAAGGGGGACAUCCAAAGUGUUGUUGACCCAAGGAUGCAGGGGGGAUAUGAUAUGAAUUCUGUAUGGAAAGUUGCAGAGAUAGCCAUGGCAUGCACCCCACAAAUUGGUAUAAAGAGACCUACAAUGAGUGAGGUUGUGAACGAAUUGAAGGGAUCCCGGGAUCUAGAGUUUGCCCGAUUAGGCAAGACAAAUUCAAGAAGACAAUCAAGGUCACAGCCAAUGAAUUCAAGUGAUGCAAUUGAAUUUGAGGAUGACUCACUGUUCUACCCUUCACCAAGGUAGGGACCAAACCAACAGAGAUGUGAACCUUACAAACCAUUUUUCAAGUUUUACUUGUUCUUACAUGUUACUGCAUCGCUAUACGUUUAUGUAUGUAUGUCUGCCAUGAGCUAUUUUGAAGUUUUCAUAGCCUUCCAAUUUUAGCACAACCCCAUUUACUCAGGUUCUAUCACCAUGAUUCUAUAAAGUUUUUACAUGUAAUAAUAUGCAGAAAGAUUAUGAUUAUCGUGCGGACCAAGUUCUA